AUGAAUAUAGUUCGACCAUUAUUAAAUGAAAUCUUCUAUUUGAGUUCACGUAGUCCAAUAUUAGCUUUUAAAAAAGUCGAAACACUUCUUGAUCAAUAUGAAAUAAGUGAUAAACAUAAUAAAAUAGAUAUUCUUAAAUAUAUAGCAAAACAAUCUCAUCCACCUGAAGAAAAUUUUAUAUCACAGAUUCAAAAAAUGAUAUCUUCAAAUUUUGUUGAUAGUUGUGAACGAAUUCAUUUAUAUACAGAACCAAAAUAUACUGAAUUAUUUCAUCUUAUUGGACGACAACCUGAUGGUGUACGUUCACUUGUUCAUAUGCGUGCUGAUAUACUUGAAUUUCUUCCUGAAAUAGAUUCACCUGAUUAUGUUAAACGAAUGAGUACUAAUCUUCGUGAUUUAUUAGCUACAUGGUUUACAACAGGUUUACUUGAAGUUGAACGUGUUACAUGGCAAAGUCCUUGUGAAAUAGUUCAACGUAUCUCUGAAUAUGAAGCGGUACAUCCUAUACGAAAUUGGACUGAUUUAAAACGACGUUUAGGACAUUAUCGUCGAUGUUUUGCUUAUAUUCAUCAUAUGAUGCCAAAUGAUCCAUUGGUUAUUUUACAUGUUGCAUUAGUGGAUAAUAUAUCAGAUUCAAUUCAAACUCUUUUAAAUCGAGUUUCACCUGUAUCGAAUACAUCUGAAGAUAUUCUUCAUGAAGAUCCAUCAUUAAUUAAUUCAGCAAUAUUUUAUUCGAUUUCGUCUACUCAACCAGGUCUUCGAGGUAUUGAACUAGGUAAUGCAUUAAUUAAACGUUGUGUUCGACAGUUACAAGUUGAACAUCCAGAAUUAGAAAAAUUCUCUUCACUUUCUCCAAUUCCUGAUUUUCGUAAAUGGCUUAUGGAAGAAUUAAAUUCUUCGUCAACAUCAAUACUUUCAUCUGAAAUACGUUCAUGGUUUCGUUCACUAUUUUCAACAUCAACAUGGCAUUUAGAUGAACAAAUUCUUAAUGAUAUUCGACCAAUAUUAAUGCAUCUUUGUGCAUAUUAUUUAACUCAAGUAAAACAUUCAAAGACAGGUUAUGCACGAGAUCCUGUUACAAAUUUUCAUUUACGUAAUGGUGCUGUUAUUUGGCGUCUUAAUUGGUUAGCUGAUCGUAGUGAACGUGGUUGGAAACAAUCAUUAUCAAUGAUGGUUAAUUAUCGUUAUUAUAGUUUCGAUAGAAUUGAUCGAAAUAGUAUCGAUUAUAUUGAUAAACAAACUAUACAAAUUGAUGAACAAGUUUCAAAAUUACUUUAA